AUGGAGCGGGGUCUCGCCGGGCGCAUCGCGAACGUCAGCGGCAUCAGGGACGCCCUGCAGGGCGUCGUCAGCGUCGCCCUGAGCGGUGUUGCGCUGAAGGACGGGGAGGGCAUCGGGUCCGAGAGGCCAACAGAGGUCAGCCCCAGGGCGGCCCUGCUGGCGGCUUUGCCCUCGGAGGCCGGGUCUUCGGUGCUCAUGAGCGGCUGA